AUGGUUCGAAUCGAAGACCCUAUAGCUUGGGAUCUUUGGUUCGAAUUGAGGUUGUGCACCCAUUGAUGGGACGUGGGACAGGCCGGCUUUAAGGCGUCCGCCGGGCGGGGUUUCCAUGGAGACGGGAAGCGCUCGGCGGGAGAGGCGCUGACUGACUGACUGAGGGACACGGACGAGGGAGGAAGGCCGCGGCCACCGCCACCGCCACAACGCGGCCAUCGCGCCGCCGGGAACCGAGCCUGAGCGGCCCGGACCGAUCCCAGGCCCCGGGGGCGGAGCCUGGCGACGAUCCCAACUUUCCCUCCCUCCCCCCUCCCUCACAACUCAACACCAUCACCUCCUCCUCCUCCUCCUCCUCCUUCUCCCCGGAGUCGAGCGCACACGGAGAUUGCCGAGCGGCGGCGGAGACGGCGACGGCGGUGGCGGGGCGGCCUACUCACUCAGCCACACCGAGUAGCCGAGCCGGAGCGCCAGGCCGCGGGAGCUCUUCCCUCCUCGCACCGCCCAGGGCACGCAGCGAGAUGGCAGCCAACAUGUACCGGGUCGGAGAUUACGUCUACUUUGAGAAUUCAUCAAGCAAUCCUUUCUUAAUCCGAAGAAUCGAGGAACUUAAUAAGACUGCGAAUGGCAAUGUUGAAGCAAAAGUGGUUUGUUUCUACAGAAGACGAGAUAUACCAAGCACCCUUAUUGGACUUGCAGACAAACAUGCAAGUCAAGAAUUGGAUAAUUGUGAUCCGACACUAUCAGCUGAAGUCCCUGAUGUUCCACAAGAAACGCUGCCUAAAGUCGAAGAGCUGGAGGAGGAAAUGGAAACGGAAACAGAAACAGACACGGACAACCCACAGCAUUUGACGGAAAAGCAGCAACACCAGUUGAAACAUCGAGAGCUGUUUCUAUCACGGCAACUUGAGUCUUUACCAGCAACGCACAUAAGAGGUAAAUGCAGUGUGACUCUGCUAAAUGAAACUGAAGCAGUCUUUUCAUAUCUGGAGAAAGAGGAUUCCUUUUUUUAUUGCCUAGUUUAUGAUCCACAACAGAAAACUCUGCUUGCAGAUAAAGGUGAGAUCCGUGUUGGUCCCAGGUACCAAGCGGAUAUCCCUGAUCUGCUCAAAGAAGAUGAAGAAGAUGAAAGAGACCAUUUAAAACUUGAAGUAAAAAUCUGGGACCCAGACAGUCCGCUGACUGACCGACAGAUAGACCAGUUUUUAGUCCUCGCACGAUCUGUUGGGACGUUUGCUCGGGCCUUAGACUGCAGUAGCUCUAUACGACAACCAAGUUUACACAUGAGUGCCGCUGCUGCCUCCAGAGAUAUCACGUUGUUUCACUCCAUGGAUACAUUACAUAAAAAUAACUAUGAUGUGUCAAAGGCAAUUUCGGCCUUGGUACCUCAGGGAGGGCCCGUGCUUUGUCGGGAUGAAAUGGAAGAGUGGUCGGCCUCUGAAGCAAACCUGUUUGAGGAAGCUCUGGAAAAAUAUGGCAAGGAUUUUAGUGACAUUCGACAAGACUUUCUUCCAUGGAAAUCGCUAACCAGUAUAAUCGAGUACUAUUAUAUGUGGAAGACAACAGAUAGAUACGUACAGCAGAAACGUUUGAAAGCAGCUGAAGCAGAGAGUCGAUUAAAACAGGUGUACAUCCCCAACUACAACAAACCAAACCCCAACCAGAUCAAUGUGAAUAACACAGUCAGCAAGCCAGGGAUGGUGAAUGGAGCAGGGUUCCAAGGGCAGAAUGGUGGAGCUGGCAGGGCCUGUGAGAGCUGCUACACAACUCAGUCAUACCAGUGGUACUCCUGGGGCCCUCCUAAUAUGCAAUGCAGACUUUGUGCAACUUGUUGGAAUUACUGGAAGAAGUACGGUGGCCUGAAGAUGCCAACAAGGCUCGAGGGCGAGAGACCCGGGCCUACCCGUAAUAGCGCAAAUCCACAUGGCUACUGGGUGAAGAAUGCCAACCCCAAGUUUACACUGAAGACUAGGCAGGCUUUCUGUCUUCAGACAACGAGAUUAACCAAAAUAGCCCGGUAUUACUGUCGAAACCUGUUCCACCCACGGCAGGCAGCACGACGUCCCUUUUUGCCAAUCAACAGUGCAGCUAUCAAAGCCGAAUGCACUGCCAGGCUGCCAGAAAUCGGAGAGAAAUCGGUUAAACUCAAACCCAUCAUCAGGAAGUCCCUGGAAACUAUAGUGAAAUACUUGGAACUUCACCCACCUGUUAAGACGGCCCCUAGUCUUGCCAUGCAUGCAGGCAGUGUGACCCCUGCGAAGAUGCCCCCUAUCCUGAACCAUGGCUCGCCAACAAUUCUGGGCAAGCGUAGCUAUGAGCAACACAACGGCAUUGAUGGCACGAUGAAGAAACGUCUAUUGAUGCCGUUUAGGGGUAAGACUAUUGCGCAGUCGUGCUUACGGCUACACACUCAUCCUAAUCAUGGACAAGUUAGACAAAUGACUGCCAUUAACCGAGGUUACAUGAUUAAUGGGAAGCCAUACUCAAGAAACCCUAAAGUGCUGAAGCCAGGCUCCCUUCCGCCAAUGAAGGGGAGGAGAAUGAACUGGAUCGAUGCACCUGAUGAUGUGCUUUUCAUAGCAACAGACGAGACUCGGAAGGUGCGUAAGAUGCUGGGUCCGGUGGACAUGAAGAGAGCAGCACGCCAGCCCUACAGGCAGAUUCUGAUCCGACAAGGACGUGCGUCGCAGCAGCCGAGGCAACCCAUGAAUGAAGAACCCAUUGUCAUUGAGGAUUAAUGCCAAGUGCAGUUUUAAAUAAAGCAAGAGACUGUAGUCCCUGUUAUACUUGAACCUUCAGAACGCAUGAAGUAGAGCUUCUGAACUAGACUCCGAAUCAAGUGCUUGUCAGCCUCGCGUUUAAGAUCAAAUUGAAGGAUUAUUAUUUGUUAGAUUCCCAGUGUCCGUGCAGAAUGGAUGAUGGCAGCGGAUGAACAGUGGCUACAAUUCCAGGCAGCUCAAACAGCCUCUUCCACAUUCACCAUUGCCCUCGAGAAUCAAGAGCUGCCAGGUGAUGUUACUUGCAAACCUGAAUGGCCUGCGGUUCCCUUGGUUCUUCUGAACUAGCCUCUGCUCCAGUUUGUGCUGAAGGGGGGGGGGGGGGGGGAGGGGGGACAGAACAGUGUGGUUGUCUUUGGUUUGGCAAAAGGUUUUUUUUAAGAAAAAAAAAAGAAAAGAAAAAAAAAAGUAAGAAUUCCUUUUAUUUUGAGAAUUGUCUGUAAUAGUUUAAGGAGGUGCCGUUUAUCCUCGGUUUAAGAAGCAAGUUUUGUUUUUAUGGACGGGUUGCGUGCAGUUAAUGCAGUGCAUUGUUUUUGCAUGUUACACUGUAUAUUGUAUCCUUGAUCCCAUUUAAAAUGGUGCAGUUUUCCAAUGGAGCAGAAGAGGAAAAAAAAACUUUCUUAAAGACUUUUUUUCAUGUAAUGACCUUGAAUCUUUUCAUCACUUGAGAUUCGUUAUUGCAAGUUUCACAGUGAAUAAUUAUGUACAAAAUAUUUUUCCAUGUUUCUGACUUGGGUUGUGUUUGAAGCACCCAGAUUUUCACAGUGAGAUAUAUUACUACGACAAGGUUCAAUAGUUUAGUGUGCUGAUAUGUACAUACACUGCAAAUGUAGUUGGUAAGUUAGUGUUAUUCAGUCAUUCCAUAGGAUUCAGGGGAGGGACAGGGAGUGUAAAGUUUUACUGAUUCUCUUUGUUACAGCGUAAGGUAGUACAGCAUCUGCUGGAGCAACAUGGGACAGUGCCCAGCGCAGAGCAUUCAAAUGAAGGUCAUCCUUAGCCGUUCACAAAUAAAGCAUCAACUGAAAUACUA